AUGGAGGAAGCCGCCGCUGCUCUCGCCAGCGUGCUGCCGACGUCCGAGGCGCACCUGCACAGCCUCCUCUGUUCGCAGGACAAGUUCUUCGCCGCGGUGAGGUGCCGGCUGAUUGGCUUGCUGCCAGCGGAGGUGGUCUCCGCAGAGAUGGCCUCGCCAGAGCCAUCCCACAUCGCCGCUCGCGCGGCAGCCAUCACCACGCUGGUCUCUCUGGUGCACGCGCAUCGCAUUCUGGCGCAGACGGAUGGCGGCGCCACCGCUUCGCCGGCCACCUCGGAAGCCGCACUGCUGGUCGAGUUGCCGCUGGACGAGCGGUCGGCGCUGCUCAGCUGUGCCGCUGCGUUGGGCCUGUCCAGCCCAGGCAGCCACGAGACGGUGGGUGCAGUGCUCGCGCGUCUGCGGUCGGCCGCCGACACCCUCGCCGAUGACGGCUGCUCUGCGGCGGACACUGCGACUGCCACGCACAGCGGCGCGCUCCUCUCUCUCGGGGCCGGCGGCGCAGAGGCUGAGGCAGUGGCGGCGCUCGGCGCCUUGAACGACGGUCUGCGGUCCGAGUACGCGACGCGCCGGCAGAUGCUGCUCGAGCGGCUCCACGUCAACUCCAGCUUGCAGUCCGACGAGAGCCUAGAGGGGAAAGACGCGGUCUCGUACUCCGACUAG